UCCAAAGUUCCAUUCCCUCCCAAAUCCAAAUUCACAAGAGUCGAUACAACGCCCAAAAAAAUGGGGAAUGGAACUAAAAUUCCACUCUCAUUUCUCUUGAUUCUUGCUCUAUUUUUCCCCUCAGCACCACAGAUCACUGCAGCUAGUUACCCAAUUAACGUCUGGCCUAAACCCACAACUUUCUCCUGGCGACAACCUCAACUAACCUUACUUUCUCCGAACUUCAGCAUCCUAUUCCCCGCAAAUCCCUAUCUCAAGCCAGCUGUCAGUCGUUAUUUUAACCAAAUCUUCAGUGAACACUACACUCCAUUGGUGGUUCCACAUCUCAAUGUGACGACAUCAGCCCCUCUUGCAUGCCUCAGCAUCGGAGUCACUGACCUCUCCGCGCAGUUAGCUCACGGCGUCAACGAGUCCUACGCACUUACAGUUCCCUCUCCUUCUGAAUCCACAACAGCCACCUUAACUGCCGAAACCGUAUGGGGAGCGAUGCGCGGGCUGGAAACAUUUUCUCAGCUGGUUUUUGGGAACCCACCCAGAGUGGCUUCUGGGCUGUACAUCUCCGACCAACCAUUGUAUACUUAUAGAGGGGUGAUGUUGGAUACUUCGAGGAAUUACUUUACUGUUGGGGAUUUGAAGAGGUUGAUCAAGACAAUGAGCAUGAAUAAGCUGAACGUCUUUCAUUGGCAUAUAACGGAUUCGCAUUCGUUUCCCUUGGUUUUGCCGUCCGAGUCGGUGCUGGCUGAGAAAGGAGCCUAUGGAGAGAAAAUGAAGUACACACCAGAGGACGUGAAGGCCCUGGUGGAGUUCGGAAUGCAAUAUGGAGUUCGAGUUGUGCCUGAGAUUGACAUGCCUGCACAUACUGGAUCAUGGGCAGAAGCAUACCCUGAGAUUGUAACAUGCGCAAACAUGUUUUGGUCGCCAGCUGGAUCUAAUCCGUUAGCUGCUGAACCAGGAACCGGUCAACUGAAUCCCUUAAACCCCAACACCUAUGAAAUAGCAAAAAAUGUCAUAGAUGAUGCGAUAAAUAUAUUUCCAGAUUCAUUCUAUCAUGGAGGAGCUGAUGAGGUCAAUGCUAACUGUUGGAAAACAGACAAAGACAUUCAAGCUUUCCUUGCUAAGAAUGGGACACUCAGCCUGCUUCUUGAAUUGUUUGUUAAUUCUACCUUGCCUUACAUCUUAUCCAAGAACCGUACUGUGGUUUAUUGGGAGGAUGUUUUGUUGAGCUCCGACAUCAAUGUUUCUGCUUCAUUGCUUCCAAAAGAGAAUAUCAUUUUACAGACAUGGAACAACGGACCAAACAACACUAAAAGGCUUGUUGAAGCUGGUUAUCGGGUAAUUGUUUCAUCUGCAGACUAUUACUACUUGGAUUGUGGGCAUGGCGAUUUUACGGGAAACAACAGUCUAUAUAACCAACCACCAGGUACUGUUCUUGGUAAUGGAGGUUCAUGGUGCGGGCCAUUCAAAACAUGGCAGUCUAUCUACAACUAUGAUAUAACAUAUGGCCUGAACGAAGAGGAGGCCAAGUUGGUAUUAGGAGGAGAGGUAGCACUGUGGACUGAACAAGCAGAUUCGACAGUUAUGGACCCUCGGUUCUGGCCUAGAACUUCAGCAAUGGCUGAAACAUUGUGGUCUGGAAACCGCGAUGAAACAGGAAUGAAGAGGUAUGCAGAAGCUACCGAUAGGUUGAAUGAAUGGAGGAACAGAAUGGUGGCCAGAGGAAUAGCUGCUGAACCAAUUCAGCCUCUUUGGUGCAUCAGAAACCCGGGGAUGUGCAACACAGUUCAGUGAUUUAUAAUUAGUUGAUUUUUGUUUUGUGUGUCCAGCUUCAUGUUUCAUUUUAAGAGUGUUUGCAAUUAGUCAUUUCUGUCGUGCACAUCUGCAACUUUUUCCACCCAUAUUGUUUACUUGAAAUUCUGGAACACUCGUUAACUCAAGCUGAGAUACUUGAGCAGUGCUUGCAUUUUCUACACAAUGAAUUCUGUU